AUGACACACAAGGUAGAAGCAGCAAAAAUAUUCCUGGAUCUUUGUGGCCAGCUGAGGAGACAGGAUCUGAACAUCAGGAGAGUGAAAUCCAGUGUGAAAGUUUGGUCAAGACCAGAGGCAAUUAAUCAAACACAGUAUGCCCUUGAGGCAGGAGUUGCCAUUCUGGAGUAUUUUGAAGCUUAUUAUGAUGUACCUUACCCUUUGCCAAAGCAAGACAUGAUAGCCAUCCCAGACUUUGCUGCUGGAGCCAUGGAAAACUGGGGUCUGAUUACUUACAGGGAGACAGCUCUGCUUUAUGACCCUGCUGUGUCCUCAUUAGGCAACAAGCAGUCUGUGGCCAUCAUUGUGUCUCAUGAGCUAGCACAUCAGUGGUUUGGUAACCUUGUGUCUCCACUGUGGUGGGAUGACCUUUGGCUUAAUGAAGGAUUUGCAAGCUAUGUGGAAUACCUGGGAGUGGAUAAUUUUGCAAAAGAAUUUAAACUGGGGUUGAGAUUCCCAUCAAUAGACAUUCAAGGAGUAUUCAGACCUGAUGGUUUGGCAAGUUCCCAUCCCAUCUAUGUCCCAGUGGGCCAUCCAGAUGAGAUCAUUGAGAUAUUUGACUCUAUCUCUUACAACAAGGGAGCAUCCAUUAUCCGCAUGAUGAGCUACUUUCUUACUGAGGAUACAUUUAGGAAAGGACUUACGAGUUAUCUUCGCAAGCAUGCGUAUGAUGUAGCCACCCAUGAUGAUCUUUGGACUUCACUGUCUCAGGAGGCUACAGGCAUUGAUGUCAAACAGGUGAUGGACACAUGGACACUACAGAUGGGCUACCCUGUGGUCAAGAUAGACCUGGACAACACCACCCCGACUGGUGCUGUACGUGUGACCCAGAAACACUUCCUGAUUGACCCCUCUGUGGAGCCCAGUCCUAAGUACCCAAGUCCAUAUAAUUAUAAAUGGGAGAUUCCUCUGACAUUGACUACCUCCAAGCAACCAAGGUGGGAGGGGAAUAGAAUCAAGUGGAUGUCACAAACAGAUAUAACUCUUGACAAAAGCACUGACCUUGACAACAUUGGCAGCAGUGAUUGGGUGGUGGCCAACAUCCAACAGUAUGGCUACUACAGGGUCAACUAUAAUAAGAAGAACUGGGAGAAUAUUAUAAGGCAAUUAAGCACUGACCACAAUAUGAUACAUGUUAUAAACAGGGCUCAACUUAUUGAUGAUGCUUUCAACAUCGCGAGAUCUGGUUCAGACCCAGAUGUGGAUGUCAUACUGGCAAUGAGGACCACCAAGCAUUUAGACAAGGACUUUGAAUACAUGCCCUGGAGAGCUGCACUCAACAAUAUUGGUUAUAUACACUCCAUGUUGAGCAGAACAUCACACUUUGGAAAUUUCAAGGCUUAUAUGCUUGGUCUGGUUCUUCCAUUGUACAAUAGACAUGGAUGGGCAACUAUUGAUGACCCUGUGGAGAGCUUCAGCAGAACCAGUGCGAUAGGCCAUGCCUGCGCCUAUGGACAUCAGCAUUGUCUGGAUGAAGCCACUAAUCUUUUCAGGCAGUGGAUGAACACACCCAACCCAGAUGCAAAUAAUCCGAUCAAGGUUGACCUGAAAAGUUUGGUGUACUGCUAUGCCAUCAAAAAUGGAGGGCAGACUGAAUGGGACUGGGCCUAUGAGAGAUAUAAGAAAGCCAAUGUCGCUGCAGAGAAAUCUAAGCUGAUAGUAGCCUUGACCUGCUCUAAUGAACCUUGGAUAUUGAAUAGAUAUCUGGAGUAUUCAAUGGACAGGAAAGAGGUGCGUCAGCAAGAUGCAGUUUCAGUGAUGGCAAACAUUGCAGGGAAUUCUAUUGGAAAAUCAAUGGCCUGGAAUUUCUUCAGGGCAAACUGGGACAAGAUAUUUGCUGAAUAUGGUAGUGGGCCAUUUGACUUCAGUACAUUAAUAUCAAGUGUGACUAGCUGGUUCAACACUGAAUUUGAAUUAGAGCAGCUUCAAGCUCUGAUGUCUAGCAAAGGGAAUCUCGGAUCUGGUAAGCGUGCCUUUGAACAAGCUGUGGAGAAGACACGGGCAAAUAUCAAGUGGAUGCAGGCCAAUGAACAGAAACUGGGAGAUUGGCUGAAAAGUGGAGGGAUAACUCCAGACCCUGGAACUUCAAAUGAUGUCCGUCUGCCUUCUACCUUACAUCCAGUCUACUAUAAACUAGAUCUAAAACCUGAUAUUUAUGGAAAUGACCCAGAACGCUUCAACUUUUCUGGAUCAGUAGAAAUCACCAUUUUCUGCAAUGAAAGCACACCACAGAUAAAACUUCACAGCAAUAAGCUGACCAUCCCAGAAGGUGAUGUGGAAUUAAUGGAUGAAAACAGAGACCCAUUAGCAAUAUCAAACACCAAAAUGGACACUGAAAAUCAGUUUUUCAUUCUGAAUCUGCCACGUGAUCUUGAAAAAGGAAAAAAUUACACAUUAAAGAUGAAGUUUGAAGGACCAUUAAGGGAUGACCUGGCUGGACUUUACAGAAGUCAAUAUUUCAGUACUGCAAGGAAUAAGACAGUCCACAUUGCCACCACACAGAUGCAGCCCACAGAUGCCAGAAAAGCUUUCCCCUGCUUUGAUGAACCUGCAUUUAGAGCUGUCUUUGAAGUGACUUUGUGGAGGAAAGACUCCAUGAAAUCCUUGUCCAACAUGCCAAUCAGAAGUAGUACAACUGAAUCAGGUGGAUGGGUUGCAGAUCAUUACCACCCCACCCUUAAAAUGUCCACAUACCUCCUGGCUUUCAUUAUAUGUGAUUUUGACUAUGUCGAAAAUACCACAUCCAGAAACACAAUAGUCAGAGUCUGGGCCAGACCUGAAGCUAAGGACCAGGCAUACUAUGCACUGGAUGCUGGAGUACGCAUACUGGAGUACUUUGAAGGCUAUUACAACAUUACAUUCCCUCUACCAAAGCAAGACAUGAUAGCUAUCCCAGACUUUGCUGCUGGAGCCAUGGAAAACUGGGGUCUGAUUACUUACAGGGAGACGGCUGUUUUGUAUGAUCCUAAAGUGUCGUCUGCUGGCAACAAGCAGUGGGUCGCAGUGGUAGUGUCACAUGAACUGGCCCAUCAGUGGUUUGGCAACCUGGUAACUCCACUGUGGUGGGAUGACCUGUGGCUUAAUGAAGGGUUUGCCAGCUAUGUAGAGUACCUGGGAGUGGACUUCAUAGAACCAACUUUCAAGAUGAUGGAGCAAUUUCUUACCGAGGCCUUGCACGAUGUGUUUGGUUAUGAUGGCCUGGCCAACUCUCACCCCAUCUAUGUUCCUGUGGGACAUCCUGAUGAGAUCAAUGAGAUAUUUGACACAAUAUCAUACAGCAAGGGUGCCUCUAUUAUAAGGAUGAUGAGUCAUUUCUUGACAGAAGAUCUAUUCAGGAGAGGACUCACACACUACCUUAAUAGACAUGCCUAUGAUGUUGCCACACAUGAUGACCUGUGGAAUGCCCUCACUGAGCAAACCCAAAAAGAAGGAGAACUCAUGGAUGUAAAGACAAUAAUGGACACUUGGACACUCCAGAUGGGUUACCCAGUGGUCAAGAUAAACAGGGACUACAGUGGACACUCAGCUACUGUGACACAGUCUCAUUUUCUCAUAGAUCCAACUGUAGAACCAAACCCUAAAUAUCCUUCACCGUUCAACUACAAGUGGGAGGUGCCCCUAACCUUUACAACUUCUGUAAACCCACAGUGGGGUGGAACUGAUAUCAGGUGGAUGCAUAAAAAUGAUGCAAACUUUAUGCUCAAUACAACUGACUUGAAUAAUGUUGGAGAUGAUGGUUGGGUGAUUGGCAAUCUUCAGCAGUAUGGCUACUACAGGGUCAACUAUGACAGGAAGAAUUGGGACAACAUUCUCAGUCAACUCCAAGAUGAUCACACGAAAAUAAAUGUGAAGAACAGAGCUCAGAUCAUUGAUGAUGUCUUCAACAUAGGAAGUUCUGGCAUGGACAGUGAUGUGGAUAUAGUGCUGGCCAUGGAGACCACCAAGUACCUGGUCAAGGAGGUGGACUAUAUACCAUGGGAGACUGCCCUGAUAAGCAUGGGACAGACUGACCGCAUGCUGAGCAAAACAGGACUUUAUGGCAAUUACCAGAAAUACAUGUUAGGCCAGAUAUUACCUCUGUACAACAAAGUUGGUUGGGAGGAUACUGGAGAUCAUAUUGAACAGUAUGUCAGAGUUUGGGCACGACGAGAAGCCGAGGACCAGACAGCUUAUGCUCUGAAUGCUGGAGUUAAUAUUCUGGAACACUUUGAAAACUACUAUAACAUAAGUUUCCCUCUUCCAAAACAAGACAUGAUAGCCAUCCCAGACUUUGCUGCUGGAGCCAUGGAAAACUGGGGUCUGAUUACUUACAGGGAGACAGCUCUUCUCUAUGAUCCUAAAGUGUCGUCUGCUAGUAAUAAACAGAGAGUGGCAGUGGUUGUGUCACAUGAACUGGCCCAUCAGUGGUUUGGUAACCUUGUGUCUCCACUGUGGUGGGAUGACCUUUGGCUUAAUGAAGGAUUUGCCAGCUAUGUGGAAUACCUGGGGGUGGACUUCAUUGAAUCAACAUGGAAAAUGAUGGAACAGUUUUUAGUCGAAGAUCUUGAGGAUGUGUUCAAAUUGGAUGGCCUGGCCAACUCUCACCCCAUCUAUGUUCCUGUGGGACAUCCUGAUGAGAUCAAUGAGAUAUUUGACAGGAUCUCUUAUGCUAAGGGAGCAUCAAUUAUACGCAUGAUGAACAACUUUUUGACUGAGGAUGUGUUUAGAAGAGGCCUUACACGUUACCUUAACAGGCAUGCCUAUGAUGUUGCCACACAUGAUGAUUUAUGGGCUGCCCUCAGUGAGCAAACCAGAGAAGAUGGACACCCGGUGGAUGUGAAGACAAUAAUGGACACUUGGACACUCCAGAUGGGUUACCCAGUGGUCAAGAUAAACAGAACCUACAGUGAACAACCAUCAACUGUAUCACAGUCUCAUUUUCUCAUAGAUCCAACUGUAGAACCAAACCCUAAAUAUCCUUCACCUUUCAAUUACAAAUGGGAGAUACCUUUAACUCUCACCACAAGUAAUUCUCCAAUGUGGAAUGGCACCAUAAGAUGGAUGAAAAAAAAUGACAUUAGUCUUAAUACAACUGACUUGAAUAAUGUUGGAGAUGAUGGUUGGGUGAUUGGCAAUCUUCAGCAGUAUGGCUACUACAGGGUCAACUAUGACAGGAAGAAUUGGGACAACAUCCUCAAUCAACUGAACACUCAUCACAGGAUGAUACAUGUGAAAAACAGAGCUCAAAUUAUAGAUGAUGCCUUCAACAUAGCAAAUUCUGGCAUUGAUCCAGCUGUAGACAUAGAGCUAGCUAUGCAGACGACCAAGUAUUUGUCCAAAGAAACAGAGUACAUCCCGUGGGAGGCAGCACUCUUGAAUGUUGGUUACUUGGACAUUAUGAUGAGCAAAACCCAACACUAUGGAAACUACCAGAAGUACAUGUUGCACCAGAUAUUACCACUGUACAACAGGGUGGGAUGGGAGGAUACUGGAGGGCCUGGAGAGCACCUUGAACAUUACAAUAGGAUCAAUGCUUUGGGUAGAGCCUGUGCCUAUGGAUACCAACCUUGCCUGGAUAAAGCCACAGAGAUGUUCAACAGUUGGAUGAAUUCGGCAAACCCUGAUGAGGAUAACCCUAUUCCACCAAAUUUGAAGUCUUUGGUCUAUUGCAAUGCCAUUAAGAAAGGUACUUCCCAGAUGUGGGACUGGACAUAUGAAAGAUACAAGAAGGCCAAUGUGGCAUCAGAACAAGUCAAGCUGCUGUAUGGACUGUCAUGUAGUUCUCAAACUUGGAUUCUUAGCAGAUAUCUGGAGUAUGCCAUAACUUCAAGUGAGAUUCGUAAACAAGAUGGCACCUCAGUGAUUGUGUAUGUUGCAAGGAACCAUAUUGGAAGAGGUCUUGCCUGGGACUUCAUUAGGUCUAAAUGGAACUUUUUAAUGAAUGAUUAUGGUGGUGGAAGUUUCUCUUUCUCCAGUAUCAUCAGAGGAGUUACCACUCACUUCAACACACAGUUUGAACUAGAUAAAUUGAAUGAAUUCAUAUCCAGCCGUGACAAUCUAGGAUCAGGUCAGCGUGCCUUUGAGCAAGCUGUGGAGAAGACACAGGCAAAUAUCAAGUGGAUGCAAGCCAAUGAAAAGAAACUGGGAGAAUGGCUGGCAGCAAAUGUAGACCCCACAGAUACAGUAACCAAGCCCUCUGAUGUCCGCCUACCCACCACCAUGUUACCUAACUACUACAAGUUGUGGCUACGACCUGACAUCUAUGGCAGUGACCCUGAGACCUUCACCUUUGAUGGUGUGGUGGAGAUAACCAUGCUUUGUAAUGAAACCACCAAAGUCAUCAAAGUUCACACUAAUAAACUAACCAUCAAUAGUGUGGAGUUGAUGGAAACGGCUGACAAUGCUAGUGUGACUGGAUUUACAAGAAGUGAAGACAAAGCAAGACAGUUUUUGGUGAUUAAUGCACCAGAGAAUUUUGAUGUUGGGAAAAACUACACUCUAAAGAUAAACUUCACUGGGCCUUUGAAAGAUGACUUAGCAGGACUGUACAGGAGUCAGUAUUUCAGCUCCACCAGAAAUAAGACUGUCCACAUUGCCACCACCCAGAUGCAGCCCACAGAUGCCAGAAAAGCUUUCCCCUGCUUUGAUGAACCUGCAUUUAAAGCUGUCUUUGAAGUGACUUUGUGGAGAAAAGACCCCAUGAAAUCCCUGUCAAAUAUGCCUAUCAGAAGAACUACAACACAAGAUGACUGGAAGCUGGACCACUACUUCCCCACUGUGAAGAUGCCUACCUACCUGCUAGCCUUCAUUAUCUGUGAUUUUGUUCAUGUUGAGAGAAACACAACAAGGAACACAGCUGUAAUUGAAUAUAUAUUUUAUGCAGUCAUACUUUUACUUUGGUACACUUAA